AUGUGGGUCACGUGCAGUCGCGGGUGUCGUGACAAGUUCGCGGUGCAUGUGUGGCGCGGGCGAGUGGUUGCGGCGGCCACCGCUGACCGACUAGGUGAGUUUCAGAGUGAAUUUCGCGCCCGCGUCUUUGACGAUUCCGUUUCCCUCGUGUUUAUCGGCACCCGUUUUGCACCGUCCUUCGGCGAAUGCCGGGAAGACGUUGAACGUGAAUGUGUUUUCGUAUCUCGCGGUGUGUCGGGGUCGCGCAGACGUGCAUUGCGCCCGCCGGCUCCUCGAAUAGAAAGAUGUGAACGACGAGAGAGGGAGAUGCCCGGCCACGGACUGUGGCUGGUGAAAUGCGAGCCACCGUCUGACGAAGAAGAUAGUAAUUCACAGUUCGCGCGCGAUUAUCUAUCUAGUCAGUUUACGCCGCAAGUUCAUCCAGUAAAAUUAGAUUCGCCGCGAAAGAGUAAUGAUAGUGUUUCAAGAGAUUUACUUCAAGACUUGCAGGGCAGUGGUCUUGAAGAGCUGGCACCGCUGGCGCCGGCGGGACCUGCAGCCACGCCGGUAUGUGUCAAACAGGAACGAGCCUCACCCCCAGCUACGAUGCUGGAGACUCUCGAAUCGGCACCGCAUUAUGCCAAGAGCACGUCGUUGUUGGACCACCACAGGAUUGCAAUGAACGUUGGAGAAGUGCCGGACUCCAGAGACUUCGUGCCACUCUUAACUGUUAAAGAUGAACCCUCAUCCGAAGGAGAACAACUUCAGCUCAGUGGCGAAGACACGAGUGACUCUUGCAGCAGACAAAUGUCGCCAGCUCCUCGGAACAGCCCCAAGAGUUGGACGCAACAAGAUAUGGAAAGAGCGCUAGAGGCACUUCGUAAACACCAGAUGAGUCUUACUAAGGCAUCAGCAACUUAUGGUAUCCCUUCAACAACAUUGUGGCAACGGGCGCACCGUCUCGGUAUUGACACCCCGAAGAAAGAGGGAGCCGCCAAGUCCUGGAGUGAGGCCGAUCUUCGCGGGGCUCUUCACGCGUUGAGGGCGGGUGCUAUAUCUGCCAACAAAGCCAGCAAGGCUUAUGGUAUCCCGAGCAGCACGCUGUACAAGAUCGCGCGGCGCGAGGGCAUCCGUCUGUCGGCGCCGUUCAACGCGGCGCCCACGUCGUGGCGGCGCGCCGACCUGCAGCGCGCGCUCGCCGCCAUCCGCGCCGGGGACUGCUCCGUGCAGCGCGCCGCGCACGCCUACGGCAUCCCCACCGGAACGCUGUACGGUCGAUGUAAGCGCGAAGGUAUAGAGUUAUCCCGGUCCAACCCUACGCCGUGGUCGGAGGAUGCUAUGGGAGAGGCUCUCGAAGCAGUUAGGAUAGGACAGAUGUCGAUAAACCAGGCGGCGAUACACUUCAACUUGCCGUAUUCGUCGCUGUACGGCAGAUUCAAGAGAUGCAAGUACCAGAUGCAGGGUGUCCUUCAACACCAGCAGGAACAGCAAGACGUACAAAAAAUAGAAAUGGACAUUCCACAACACGAGGCUCACCAAUACUACCACCAACUGCCUCCCCCACUUGACCAAGACCCACAAACAUAUGGCCAUGUGACUGAAUAUCCCCACAGCACUUACAUUCACGACCAAUACGGCCAAUAUUACCAAUCUUUUAGUGGUAUAGCGACCAGCUGA